GGGGAUCCCCAUUCCCCACCAAUUAAUCUCAUCAACAACACCACCCGACUCAUCUACCAACCAAACAGAGCAUUAAACAAACAAAUUAAUAAAAAAUCAAAAACCUUUAAGAUUAAAUGUUAAACUCCAAGAAUUGGAAGAAAACCAGAUUUCGGGGAAAUGAAAUCUACCGAGCUUUGCAAGAAGUGGCGAUCCACAGAGAAGAAGGAGGCAGAGGAGGAACCAUGGCGAUGCAAGCCAGAGAGGACAUGGCAUAUCAAAGAACAAUGGCUGUGAUUUGGCGAUCUCAACUCGAAGAACUCGAAGAACACGGCAUAUCAAAGAACAACGGCCUGAGUCUCCCCAUUACUAGCGUUCUCAACUCGAAGAACACCUGCAAGGAUCUUCACGCACUUGUGCGCCACAAGAGCGCGGAUGGCGGAUCUGGCAACCACACUCACGCUUCCGUUCACCAUCCCAACCUUCCUCCUCAUUUUACCUCCCUUCUUCCCGCCUUUGGCCAUUUUCUUCUGCGGUGCCUUCCUGUCCGAGAAAGCUUGCUGGACCAAAAUGCCUCUGCCACGGAUCGAACCUGGUGUAGGAUUUUUCGCAUUUAAUCAAGAGACAACGAAACGUCACCUUCUGGAAGUAGGGAGAGGAGGAUGCCAGUUUGAGACUUGAGUAACUUGAAGCCGAUUGCUGAGCCGUUGGUGAAGAGGUGGUAAGGAGUGCCGGAAGGGAUAGGUUUGGGGACGGGAGAAUGGGGCAGAAGGGAAAGGAAGGUUGAAGGUGAGAGUGAGUGAGGAGAGAUGAGUUAAGGCUAGGGUUAAGAAGUUAAUGAUGGGUUGGGCUAAUUUUUAUGGGUUGGGUUGGGUGGAAUAAAAUUGGGUUAAGUUU